AUGAGCUCCCUCUACACCGCCACCAACGCGAGUGUAAAAGAAUGCAGGCGCCUGUCUCCCGUCAACUUACCUUCGAUCCUCAUCGUGCCCCUAAUGGCCUUUAACCGAAUGAAGGGCUUCAAGAAAGCAGUCGCUCUCUCAGGCUCCAACGCAGGAAUUCCAGGAGAUAUAGUCAUUCCGAUUUUAGGAGCUACUGGUACUGGGAAGAGUACCUUCAUCAAUGACUUCUUUGGAGAGGAUCUCGCGAAAACGUCUGCUGCCAUAACCUCCUGCACGACCGAAGUAAAAGCAUACUCCCUGUCUGGGAGGCCUGCUGGCUCUGACUCGAGGCGCGUUGUGCUGGUCGAUACCCCCGGAUUUAACGACAGUCAUGAAUCCGAACUCGAAAUUCUACGCCGGGUUGCUGCCUGGCUCAGUGAUGCUUACAAGGAGAAGAUACAGAUAGCGGGUGUCGUUUACCUGACGGAUAUAUCCCAGAAGCGUCGCGAUAGCGCUGCUCGCUUACUCUCCGUUAUGUUCGAGCGCCUCUGUGGUCCUGAUUUCUUCCCGAAAGUGAUCAUGGUAACGACCUUUUGGGAUCAGACAACUCAAGCUCUGGGCGAGUCCCGGUUAGGAGAGUUGAAGGCGGAUGAUUGGAAAAGCAUUCUCAACAACGGCGGCUCGACGCAUCCCAUUAAGGAUCGCCCUCAGGAUGUCCAUGCCAUUGUGGACCUUAUCAUCAAGCAGCACACCGGAGGCGCAAGACACCCUGAUGCAGUUGCAUUACAGCGAGAACUAGUGGACGACCGCAUCAUGCUUAAGAAGACGGCGGCAGGUAAAAUCGCAAGGAACAUGCCCGGGCCUCAACCCACCCUGGGCCAGCGCGCGAUGGGAUGGAUACAAGACAGAUUGCUAGAGAACCGAGGUAUUCAUUCGCGAGGGCGCGUGAAACCCGAUUCAAGGACUCUUCACUUGCCCAAACUUCUGAUUCACCCCCAAAGCCACCUGAAGCUGGCACUGAAUACCCGUUCCCUCGCUUUGAGACUGGUCUGUGGAGCCUUCUGCACCGUCGCCAAGCACCAGACCGGAUACGGAUGA